AUGUGUUUUAGAAGUUACUGUUGGCUGGUGCUUCGUGAUACGAAUCACUCAUUAAGAUUCUCAAAAUAUCUGGGAAAAUGGAACCCUAUUUAUAUUACUGAAUGUGAGGGUCUGAGGUCGAGAUGCAGCGGUAUUGAUGCUGGAAGUUUAAUUGGACCACUUCAUGUUUUCAGAACUUGUUAUGAGUUGACACCUGUUCGACUGUAUACGGAUCUAAAUAUAUAUUCAUCAGUUUUAUUUAACCCAAUAUGAUUGAGAUAACGUGCAACGACAGGCUUGGUAAGAAAGUGCGCAUUAAAUGCAACCCGACAGACAAAGUUGGUGAUCUAAAGAAGCUAAUUGCCGCGCAAACCGGUACGAACUGGGAACGCAUUGUGUUGAAAAAGUGGUACACUAUUUUUAAGGACCACAUUACUCUUCAAGACUAUGAAAUAAAUGAUGGGAUGAAUUUAGAAUUGUAUUACCAAUAAGUCUUUUUACAUGUCAAUUUCGUAUGCAUUUUCAAAAUAUUUUCUGUUACUC